GUAGGUUAUAUUCCUAACAAAUCUAAAAUCCAAUCGCUUGAUGCUAUAUAAACUAGUGAAAUCUUAAAUUUAAAACUAAAUUGGUUAAAUAAAGAAAAAUACGUUUAAAGUUUAACCAAGAAUGAAAAAAUCACCUAUAAAAAGUGCUUUGAUAGACAAACUUCAUAAGGGAUUUGUUUGUACGUGUAUAGCUGUUACAAUUUAUGGAUUUUCAGCUAUAGGACUGUUUUAUUAUCGAUAUUUAACAGAAGUAAAGCCCAAAAAGUUAUUAGAAAAUCAAAGUUUACUAGCCGAAGGUUCAUCAGAAGUUUUGAAGGACAAUGUAGAAACAUUAAAACUUUAGGUUAUUUUAAAUGGUUCUUCAAGAUGUAGAUUACUUGUAUUAUUUAAUGAUGUAAAUAUAGCGUUUAUUGAA